CUGAGUUGGAAUGUGUGAGGUGUGUGUGUAUUCUGUGAUUGUAGGGCAUUGAGUAGGCACAUGGUUGCUCAUUUGUAAGUGAGAUCUCACUUGAGAAAGAGUCAGUGACAAAGAAAUAAAGUGAGAGAGGGGCAGGACAAGAGGGAAAGGUGACAGCACCAGCACAAGAGAGAAAGAAAUAAAGAAAAAAAGAAGCAGGGAGAGACUAUAAAGCAUUUCCACCUCCAGUACAAUGGAAGACUGUGCAGUGACCUUCUGGAUUUACAUCGGAGUCAUGUCCAUCUUUGUUGGUGGAGCAGUGAAGAAGUUUCUGGCAUCCCAUAUGAGUGCCAUGCCCUCGGUGAUGGCAUGGCUGAGUGCCACUCUGCUCCUGGAGAGACUGUGUGCCUUGUGCAUGCCUGCUGUGCUGGCAAGAUUGGUCCUCUGUGUCUCCUGCUGGCUGUACUUUUCAUGGGCCACCCCCAAGCCAUCCCUGCCAGUGGAGGGCAAGGCAGUCUUUAUCACAGGUUGUGAUUCAGGGUUCGGUAACGCUACAGCAAAACAUUUGGAUGCAUUGGGGUUUGAAAUAUUUGCAACUGUAUUGAACCUGGAAGGUGAGGGAGCCAAAUACUUGCGCAGGGUCUGUUCAUCACGACUUACCCUCCUGCAGGUGGACAUCACCCAGCCCCAGCAGGUACAACAAGCCCUGCUCGACACCAAGGCCAAGCUUGGCAUGAGAGAUUUGUGGGGGCUUGUAAAUAACGCUGGAUGGUGUGUGAAUAUUGGGGAUGUCGAGCUCUCCCUCAUGUCCAACUUCAGAGGAUGCAUGGAGGUUAACUUCUUUGGAACACUCACUGUUACCAAGACCUUUCUACCACUUCUGAGAAAGGCUAAAGGCCGGAUUGUGACAAUCUCCAGCCCUUCAGGAGAGCAUCCCUUCCCUUGUCUGGCAUCAUAUGGGGCUUCAAAAGCUGCUUUGAAUAUUUUAAUCAACACUCUUCGUCAUGAGCUCAAGCCAUGGGGCGUCAAAGUCUCCACCAUCUUACCCUCUGCCUUUAAGACAGGGCAGAGCAGUAACACAGAAUACUGGGAAAAACAGUACAAGCACCUGAUCCAGAAUUUGCCCCCAAGCCUUCUUGAAGAAUAUGGGGAAGAAUACCUACUGGAGAUCAAGGAAAACUUCCAGAGUCAUGCCAAGACAGCGAGAGAGGAUCUGAGCCCUGUAAUUGACACCAUUGUGGACGCACUUCUGUCUCCUGAGCCCCAGGUGCGCUAUUACGCCGGGCCAGGUUUAACACUCAUGUACUUUAUCUGCAGCUACUUCCCUUUGAGCCUCAGUGACAAGUUCCUCCAGAAACUGUUUGUAAAGAAGACAGUGGCGCCUCGUGCCUUGAGGAAACAGUUCAACCUAAGCCUCAACAACAAUAACAACUGCAUAAAUUAUAACAUGAAUAACAGUAACAACAACAACAUCAGCUUCACAAAGAUUAUUGAUUAGUUUAGGUAAAGCACAGUGUAAAUCCUUUAGCACCACUAAUGUGAUCUGUUUAUAGUCAUUUGUUUCCAUUGUAUAUACUUUUCGCUUAUUUUUUUAUUUUAUUUUUUCUUAUUUUUUUUUAUUUUUAUUGUACAAUAUUGUGUAAUAUUUUGUGGGGAUCACUGAAUUGCACCAAAUCAUCUAUGGAUGGCCCAGUACCUACAAGGAAAUUGACACUCUUUAGCAUCAUGAAGUAAAUAAAUUAAUAAUAAUAAUAAUAGUAGUACUAAUAAUAAUAACAAUAGUAAUAAAUCUACCAUGCCCACUGGCCAUAAUUAUUGUCAAUACAAGUUCUCAGGCAUGGCCAAAUUAAACAGAUAUUGUAUACACUAGUUUAUGUAUUUUGCAGAAUGCAUACAUUCUAGGUGUUUACUAUGGAGAUAUGGGUCACCUUCCAACAUCAUAAAUUUGUAGAGAGACAGUUAUAAGUCUAGUGAAAAAUCUUAAAUUAGCCACUGUUACUAAGGCAUGCAGAAUGCAAUCAUUAACCGAAACACUUGAGGCUUUUCAGAAUUACUGCACUGAGUGGCUAAUUGUAAUGAUACUGUGAUCAGGCCAGGGUUAGAUUGGGUUGUAGUGCAACAUCAAGUAAAUAUAGUAUAUUGUUGUUGGUUAUUUGUUUGUUUUUUAGUGACCAAUUGACUCAAAUGGUUUCUAAAGUCAGGUUUUUAAAUGUAUUUAAAAAGUAUUUUUUUAUGUAUUUUACUCCAUAGUUUUGCAUUUGUUAUUUCUGUUGAUGAUUUAUCUGUCACUUUUUUCUUUUACUUUUCUUUUUUUUUUUUUUUUUUUGGCAUGUUAAUGCCAUUUUCUUAAAUCACUUAAACUGUGAAUUUUAUACAAACAUGAAAACAAGUAAACUGUUCACUUGAUCAUUCCUAGAGUUUAUUAAAAUAUAAUCUGUUCCUAGGGUUUUGGAUUUCCUGUAAGAGAACAUUAACAAUUGUCUCUUUUUAGCUUGUCAA